CUGAAGGCUAUUGACUGCGAAGAAAGAAAAGUAGUCAGAGCACCAGGCGACUGCAAUUUCGUUGCCUUGUCCUAUGUCUGGGGCGACUCUUCUACCAUUUCUCCGUUCUCUGGUGUGAUACUCCCACAGAAUCUCCCAGCGACUAUAGAGGAUAGCAUACAGGUCGCGCGUCAACUCGGCUAUCGCUUUCUUUGGGUAGACCGAUAUUGCAUUGACCAGAGCGAUACGCAAGCAAAACUUGAUCAAAUUCAGCAGAUGGGACAAAUAUACGGCUCGGCAGCGCUGACAAUGAUCGCUGCAACUGGUACGGAUCCUACACACGGCCUACCAGGAAUUAGUGCCGGUUUGGCGCAGUCUGAUCCGCCGAAAGUGAGAGUAGGCUCGCUCACUGUGAUGCACUACGAUGUUCCGGCGGCUCUGGAACUGUCAUCCUCAACAUGGGCGACGCGGGCAUGGACAUACCAAGAAAGCUAUCUUUCAAAGAGAAGGUUGGUCUUCACUGACAACCGAGUUUUCAUGCUCUGUAACUAA